AUGUGUCUCUUUUUGUCUCCAUUUUGUGUCUCCUUGUCCCCUGCAGCAAAACCUCUAAAGGCGGGGCCCCCCCGUGUUAGGGCCCCCAUAGGGGGUACUGGAAGAAAGGAGAAACCUCCUUCUUUGGGGCCCCCCCAGGAGGGGGCCCCUCAGGAGGGGGGCCACCAAAAGGAGACGGGGGCAGCUGGGGUGUCUGAGCAGGGGCCCCUUACUAAGGAGACAGCAGCACAGGGUACAGACACAAGAAAAGGGGACAGUGCCAGGGGGGGCCCCCUAGGGGAGACACGUGAGCACAAGGAGACAGGAAAAGAAAAGGAGACACUUGUUUCUUCUUGCCAGAGGGAAGCGGAAACAUCCUCUGCAGUGUCUUCUGAAGGCUCCGCAACGGUACAACACGAGCAGCAGUCUGCUGCUGCUGCUGCUGCUGCUUCUGCUGCUCCUGCAGCCGCAACAGCAGCAGCAACAGCAACAGCACCAACUGGAGUAACAACGAGAGGAGCAAGAAACAGGGGGGCCCCCCUGCCUCGUGAAGGGGGGCCCCCCAAGAAGAAUAAGAAGACAUUCUCUCAUUUAGGUUGGGGGAGACCCUUUGAUUGGCAUGCAGUGUUUGCUGCUGCUGCUGCUGAUCUAUGCGAGGACCAAUGGUCCUUGCUGCAGUGGGGCCCCCGCAACAGCAACAGCAAGCCACAGACACUGCAGCAGCUGCUGCUGCAGGAUGACCAUUGCUGCUGCAGCGAGAAAGAAAAAGAAGAAAGAAAAAUUAUUGAGGAUAAAAUUCAAUGCAUGCAGCAAAUGCUGCAGCAACUGCAGCAAACAAUCACGGAGGAAGAACAGCAACUGCAACAAUUGCAACAGCAACAGCAGCACCAACAGCAGCAGCAACAGCAGCAUGCAGCAGCUAAAGGAGACGGUUUAGGUGUCUCUAAUGCUGCUGCAUUUAAAGAGGAGACAGCUGUCUCCUCAGGUGUGUCUCCUGCUGCUGCUGCUGCUGCUACUGCUGCUGCAUUGAAGGGGGGGCCCCAAGGGGGCCCACAAAAGGGUUAUGGAGGUACCUUGGGGGGCCCCGAAGAAGACAAGGGGGGAGGAGGUACUAUGGGUACUGUGUCUACAGAGGCAACAGAUGCAGCAGCAUGCAAGAAGGACCCAGUUGCGUCUCCUGCUGCUCCUGCUGCUGCUGCUGCUGCUGGUGUGGGGCCCCACGAGUUGCUACUACCUCGACUAAGGAGACGUCAGAGGCCCCUACGUAGAUCCGUUAGGCGUCGGUUAUGUAUUGGGGGCCCCUGCAGAAGGAGUAGGGGCCCCUAUAGAGGAGACAGUAUGGAGUAUGAGAGCAGCAGCAGCGGCAGCAGCACGGAUGCUCCUGCUGCAGCAACACAAUGUGUCCGUCUAGUUCGUGCUGCUGAUCCAAGGAGACUAAGGGACUCUUAUAUUUGCUGCAGCAUAGAUACACCAUGGUAUGAUUGUGUAGAUCAGCAUUUUGCCUUAUUGUCUCCUAAUGAGACACAUAAGAAAAAGGAAGCAGGGGGGCCCCCUGUACCCUAUACACAGGGUAGGGGCCCCAAGAGAUACCACACAGACGCAACUCAUAAUCUCGUACAGACACGCCAACAGCAACACCAACAGCAACAGCAGCAACAACAGCAGCAGAGCCAGCAGCAACAACAACAGCAGAAGCAGCAGCAGCAAAAGCAAAAGCAGCAGCAAAUACAAAGGUCCAGACGUAGUAUCGACCCUUACUGCUCGUCAGCAGGGGCCCCACAGGCGACACGAAGAAGCACAGCUGAGGUUGGUGCAGCAGUAGCAGCAGGAGCAGGAGCAACUGCAGCAGAUGCAGCAGACGCAGGAUGGUCGCCAAUAAAUAUGGGGGGCCCCUACACCCUCCGUUCUGGGGCCCCUUCUAAGGAGGCCUUUAGUAGUACCCAUAAUGGGCCCUCUACAGGGGGCCCCCAUAAGGAUACACCAGAUAGUACCUCUAGGGGCCCUCCCUAUAAGAAUACACCUCAUAGUACUUCUACGGGUCCCCCUUAUAAGGAUACACCUCGUAGUACCUCAGCGGGGGCCCCCCAUAAGGAUACACCUCGUAGUACCUCGACGGGGGCCCCUAAAAUACCCUCUUAUUGGGUAAAGAGGGCAAAAGAAGCGCAGCAGCAAGAAGAGCCUGUUGCUGUUGCUGAGUUUCAACGUAUGUGGCCUAUCUUUGUUCGUCUCCCUACACGAUCCCGAUCCCGAUCCCCAUCACGAUCCCGAUCCCCAUCACGAUCCCGAUCCCCAUCACGAUCCCGAUCCCCACCCCGAUCCCGAUCCCAGGGAUCUAACUCCCCACAAAGGAACGGCAAAGAGGAGAAAGGGACUACUAAAGGAGACAGCAGCAUAGAGGUGGGGGCCCCUGGGGGUCCCAAGAAUGGGUGCCCCAGGAAUGGGUGCCCCAGGAAUGGGGGCCCCAGGGGCCCCGAAGGUACUGUUCUGUUAUUAGGGUUUCUUGUUGAGGGUUUUCAUAUGCCACUACCUAAACAAAGACAUCUUGAGGAGAUUAUUGAUACAGUAACAGAGCUAGCAGCAGGAAAGAUAGCAGCAGAAGCUAUAGGAGGGAGGCAGCAGCAGAAGAAGAAACAGCAGCAGCAGCAGCAGCAGCAGAGAGGGGAUGGGCCCACAGAUGAAUCCGCUGCACAGGGAAGCUUGCGGCAGCAAGGAGACAGAUUGCAUGCAGCAGCAAAUGCUGACGUACUGUCUCCUUCCCUUGGGAGGGACGAUCCUGCAGCAAAGGCAGCAGCAACAACAUCAGCAGCAGCAGCGACAGCAGCAGGAGCAGCAGCAACAGCUACAGCAACAGCAGCAACAGCAGCAACAGCAGCACGAGGAGACGAAGGCCUAGCUAAGGAGGUUGCCUGUAACAGCAGUAAGAAAAUCGUUUGUUUCCAUCAAGAGGAUAUGCAGGGGACAGAAAGGAAUAGGGAUGCCCCUGGGGGCCCCCUAGACCUCCUUGACGGGACUGCGGGCCCCAAGCCAGGCAGCAGCAGAAAUAAUGGGGGCCCCCAGGAUAUUGAUGGACGGACGCUACAAGUGUCUCCUUCUGCAGCAAAGGGGGCCCCUAACGGCAGCAAACUCGAGGGAGACAAGGCGGGCUCCCAAUCUUUUGCUGUUGAUGCAGCAGCAGAAGGACAAGUUGCUGCUGCUGCAGCAGAGCCAAAGGAAAAUUGUAUUAACGGAGGGGCCCCACAUUUAGGGGAUUCCCUGGAGCACAACGGCACAACUGCUGCUGCUGCUACUGCAGCAACAGCAGCAGCAGAGAAAGAGGGAAUCCAGAUAGAGGAGGACGGGGCCCCCCACCUGCUCCCUAGUGGACUAACCCAAUCUGCUACAUCUGGAGCUGCAGAAUUAGCAGCAGCAGCAACUACUGCUGCUGCUGUUGCAACAAAUGGUGUUCCUGCUGCUCCUGCUGCUCGAAAGAGACAGCGGCUGCAGCCUGUGCGGCGAUGGGGAGGAGGCACCUAUCGAGUAAGGAGACAGGGGAGCAUGAAGAGACACCUGCGGGCCCCCCUUGCAUGUACGCAUAACCCGUCGUGCCGCAUACAGGGGCCCCAGUACUCUCCUGUACCAAGAGGGUCGUUGGGGCCCCUCUUGAGGCCCCCUAAGGGACAGCAGCACGAGACACCUAGUCAUGAUGUGCUGCUGCAGCAGCAGCUAAGGGAGACACAGCUGCAGCUAAAAAGUAUGCAAAAUCUACUGCGAGCACGUCGCGAAAAGGCGCGCAGACUGCUGCUGCGGCUGCAGCAGCAGCAACAACAGCAGCAGCAGAAGGCUGCACAGGAUGAAGGCUUAUACUACAGUGGGUAUUUCUUAAGAAAGAGACAAUCCUGUCCCUCCUCUUCUGUUAAGGAGGAGACAGGGGCCCCACAUAAACGGGGGCCCCCAUCAGUACCCUUAUUAACAAUAGGGGCCCCCCCUGCUCUCUAUAAGAGACUAAGAUGGAGAUCUAUUGACGCGUCACCGGAAAGGGGACACUUAUACAUCAAGAGACCCCGCAAAGAAUGCAAGCAGCAGCCGCAACAGCAGCAGGAGCAGCACCAACAAAAGACAGCAGCAGCAGCGGCAUGCAUGCAGCAGCAAGAGACAAGGGAGGAUCGAUAUAAAAGGAGAGAAAGAAUAAAACAAGAAAGGAUGGAGAAAGAGAUAUGGGAAAUGGCCCGUCUCCUUCAAGACACAGCAAAGAAGCAACAGCAGAAGCAGCAGCAGCAGCAGCAGGAGGCAGCAAGCAACUCAUCUGCUGCUGCUGCCGUUUCUGCUGCUGCGGCGAAGGCGGGAAAAGCAGCAGCAGCAACUGGGGACUCUGGUGCUGCUGCCCAAAGGGACGCGCCCGUUGCUCCGGUUCUGCCUGCUUCUGCUGCUCCAACUCUUUCUGAUCCUGCUGCUCCUCCUGCUGCUGCUGCUGCACCUCCUGCUGCUGCAGAAGCAGCAGACCUGCAGCAGAUGAAGGUGUCUACAAGUGUCCCGUUUAAUGGAGGGAACAGGGACUCUUCUUUCCCCGAUGGAGGGUCUGCUGCUGCUGCUGCUGCUGCUGGCAGUGCUGGCAGCAACAAAAGCAGCAGGAGCAAUGACAGCUGUAGCAACAGCAGCAGCAGCAAUGGCAACUCCACCAGCAACAGCAGCAGCAGCAAAAUUGAGAUCUCGGCUGAGGCGGAGGCCCUAAGGAACUGCUCAGCAACUACAGCAGCAGCAGCAACAGAAACAGCAGCAGCAGCAACUGCAGCAACUGCAGCAACUGCAGAAGCUGCAGCAACGACAGCCGCAGAAGCUGCAACAAACGCAGAAACCGAUGCAACUGCAGCAACAGAAAUAGCAGCAACUGCAGCAACAGAAGCAGCAGCAGCAACAACAGGAAAUUCUGCUGCUGCACAACACGGCCCAGAGGAGAAGCAAGGAGAACACCCCACAGCAAAGGAGACAGCAGCACUAACCACCGCUGCUGCAGUCACUGUACCAGCUGCAGCAGCAGCAGCAGCACCAGCAGCAGCAGCAGCUCCUGCAGCAGCAGGAGACGGCCAACCCAUAAAAACUUCUAAGCCGUCCCUUCCUCCUGAAGCAUCUGCUGCUUCAGUGCCACCAAAGGAGGCAGCAGAUGCAGCAGCAGAUGCAGCAGCAGAUGCAGCAGCAGGUGCAGCAGAUACAGGAGAUGCAGAAGCAGCAGCAGCUGAUGCUGCUGUCAUGCAGCCUGUAUCUAACCAUUCCAGCCAAAGCAGCGCCACAGAAAACCAACAGCAGCUGCAUGCGCCAUUUGUACAGCCCGCGCAACAGCAGCAACAGCAGCAACAGCAGCAAAAGCAGCAACAGCCUACUGCCCGAGCAGCAGACCCGAGCAGCAUAUUUUCUGUGCAGAAGCAGGAGAGACAACAGCAAUCUACUGUCUCCUUACAAAGACAACGAGAACAGGCUGCUACUACAGCAGCACCUGCAGCACCUGCAGCAGCAGCAGCACCGGCAGCAAAUACUGGUGCUGCUGCUGCUCCUAGGCCACGUAGGCUUGUGGUGCUGAAGAAAGACAAGAAGGAAGGUAUAUCUGCUGCUGCUGCUUCUGCUGCUUGCUGCUUCAGCAAGCACGAAAGAGGAAGGAGUACAUCUAGGGGCCCCUUGGGGGCCCCCGUAGAGGGUCCCCAGAAUGGAAGGGUCCCCCAAAAGAUCCCGCCAUGGGGGGCCCCUAUGAAGGGCCCCCCAAUGGGGGCCCCUCCAAAGGUAUCUGUAGGAGGCGUUUCCAAGGUUCCUUCAAGGGCCCCUUCGAAGGGGCCCCCUAUGGGGGCCCCUCGAAAGUCGACCCCUACAGGGGUCCCUCGACAGGGGGGGGGCCCACUAGGGGCCCCUUCUGAUAAGGAUAUAGAGGGUAAUGAAGAAGAAAAGGGGUCCGAUCCCAACACGCGCCACAGACGAUCCCCGAUCCCAACUCCCCAAAAGUUCAUGGGAUCCGAUCCCAACGCACCUCACAACAACACAACAAAUGCGGGAGGGAAUAACACUAGGACAGAGGAUGCAUGCAUGGAGACACUAGAGGAGACACAAGAUGCAUGCAAGCAGACAGUAAAGGAAACACAAGACGCAUGCAAGGAGGCACAAGACACAUGGAAGGAGACAGAAGAGGAGACACAAGAUGCAUGCAGGGAGACAGUGGGGGCGACACAAGAUGCAUGCAGGGAGACAGUGGAGGAGACACAAGAUGCAUGCAAGGAGACAGUAAAGGAGACACAAGAUGCAUGCAAGGAGAGACAAGAGACAGCCCAUGAGGAGAAGAAGAUAAAAGGGAAAGAAGAGGAAUAA